AUGAAAUCACCGGACGUCGCGGGAGGCACGUUCUUUGGCGGUGACUCGGGUUCUGGCAUUCGCUGCGAGUCGGACGACGAUGAGGACUAUUCCGCCAGUAUUAAUGCGAUCAUUCAACGGAAAGCAAGUGUUAAGAAAAAGCGCGGAGGCUACAAAGGUGGACAUCAUCGAAGAACUUCAAGUCCGGCUAGCCAGAUGAUGGGACUGGCAUCUGAACCGAUGGCCGAUGGACGACGUCGCUCCAGCGUCUACACUACCAGCUCGGGUGAGACGGGAAUUACGCUGCCCGGGGAUGACCACUCGAUUGGACGCGAUGAGUCGGCCGGACGGCAGGACAAGCUGUUCGAUACGAUUCGGCUGCAUAAGGAGGUGCUGCAGACGGUCAAACUGCAGCCAAUUAGUAUGAAGCGGAAGCUACGGCUUGUACAGCAGGCGAAAAGCUACAUCACCCGACACGAGGGAGCCUUACAGGAACAUUUUACCUCUCGAACGGCACGCAGUUUGCUGGCACAGUUUAACAUCUUUCUCACCACGAAAUGGCAACAACUACUUCGAGAGCUCGCUAAUCUGGCCACCUAUCUGAUACCGUGGGAAUCACGCAUCAAGGAAAUUGAAUCACACUUUGGUUCCGUCGUUGCCUCCUAUUUCACCUUUCUCCGUUGGUUGUUCUGGGUUAACGUCGUCAUCUCGGUGUUGCUGGUUGUGUUCAUCAUGGUACCGGAGGAGAUUUACGUCGAUCCGGUAAAGGCCAAAUGUGACAUCCGGAAGACCAUGUCCAGGCAAGAGUUGUCACUCACGAGAAACUUCAGUACGAUCUGGGAGUUUGAAGGUCAUCUAAAGUAUUCACCAUUAUUUUACGGCUACUACUCCACCUUCUCUGGAGCGAUUGCAUGGGGAUACAAUCUUCCUUUGGCUUACUUCUUCACCGGAUUGGUCGUGUACAUUUACAGCUUUGUGGCCACGCUAAAGAAAAUGGCUGAAAACUCGCGAAUGUCCAAGCUAUCCUCCAAAGACGAUGAGUACGUGUUUUCUUGGAAACUAUUCACCGGUUGGGACUACAUGAUUGGUCAUAUGGAGACGGCCCAGAAUCGGAUGGCUUCCAUUAUACUUGGCUUUAAGGAGGCACUCUUAGAGGAAGCCGAAAAGAAAAAGGAUACGCGAAACUGGAAGAUUAUCCUGCUGCGGAUACUGGUAAACUUUCUCAUCCUGGGACUGCUAGUCAUCUCCGCAUACGAGGUCAUUCUGGUUGUGAAACGCUCGAUGGACAUCAAGGAAUCGGAUUCGUGGUGGAGACGUAACGAAAUCACCGUCGUCAUGUCGCUCAUCUCGUUCUUCUUCCCGAUGAUAUUUGAGGCCCUCGGCAUUAUGGAGUACUACCAUCCAAGGAAGCAGCUCCGCAUACAGCUCGCCCGGAUCAUGGUGCUAAACAUGCUGAAUCUAUACUCACUUAUAUUCGCUCUGUUCGAUAAAAUUGCGCACAUGACGGGGGAGUUGCGAAGAAUGAAACCAACCAACUUUACCUCCUCGGCUUCUUCGUGCUUUCUACCGGAAGCGGGUGCUAGAUGGAAUGUUACACCUCCCGGUGAGCUGCAUUCUGAGCGAUCGCUCCUGUUGGAUAUGUUGGCGGAUUUCAACCGUAGUGGUGUUGGACCGGGCACAAUGUUGGCUAAUGGAAGUAACUGCUUUCGCGUUCCUUUUAACUGCACGGAUGUUACUAGUACGGCUACACUCUUGACUACACUACUACUGACAAGCAUGUCCACCACGACCCUUCCAGAGCAAUCUAGCCCAACGACGGCUAUAGCAUCGAGUGAGUUACCGACGACUAGCUUCUAUCAGACCACAUGGAAAGCAAAUCGUUCGCCUUAUGACGGGUACGAUUACGACGAGGAGGAUAUGGAUUAUUAUUUGGAGUAUCGCGCUCGUCUUCUGCCCAAUGACAAACUAGAGGGCGUGCCCAUCAAUAAACGUGAAGCUGUUUACGAUGGCAUCAGUCGCAGCGACACCACCAUUAGUGAAGCUGAUAACAACUUUACGGACAAUCUUACAACAGUUCAGAGCACUGCUGUACCGACAGUUAGCACGGAAGACUUUCAAACUAUGACGUACACCGAACUACACAGUUACGUCACUGGGAGAUAUAAUGAUUUUUUGGCCUCUUAUUACUACGACUCGGAAGGGGAUGACGGCCUAGAGCAAACGGAAAGCGACGAUGAAGAAGAAGAGUACAGACUAAAUCAAUUUUUAACAUCGGAAGAAGCGAACGGUUUCCAAACUCCCUCAACUACCGAACAUUUCGAAUUGGUACCGGAUGUUACAACAGAACUUUUUCGCAGCACAGUGUCCAUCGAAGAUUAUUCAACCACUCCCGGAGACCUCCACUCAACUGCAGAACAGCUGGCAACAGAGUCUACCACAGACGAGAAUGGCGAAAAGUUUUCUACCACAGAAAUGGACAAAUCGCCCACUGCACAGUACGACAGCGAUGUUACGUCGCAGUUUUACGAAUUGGACGAAAAUAUCUAUGCAACCACCUCCGAGACAUCAAUCAUUGAAAAGGAAACGUCUCAAACGUAUAGCAGCAGCGAAGGAGAAUCUUUGUCAACUACUGAAACACCAAGUCCGUGCUAUCGUUGGGUAUGUCUACCGGGCAACUUGCAGCACCCAGAGGGUCAAGACAGCAAGUAUCGAAACGCAGACAUCCGUUCAUUGUGCUGGGAAACGAUGUUUGGACAAGAGUUGGCAAAACUAACCGUUAUGGACUUGCUGGUGACGAUUGUGUCGACUCUGGUUUUGGAUUUUCUGAGAGCGCUCUUCGUGCGGUUUAUGAACAGUUGCUGGUGCUGGGAUUUGGAGAAGAAGUUUCCCAAGUAUGGAGAUUUCAAGAUAGCAGAAAAUAUUUUGCAUCUCGUUAAUAACCAAGGGAUGGUAUGGAUGGGCAUGUUCUUUUCGCCCGGUCUAGCCGUGUUAAACAUCGCUAAGCUGGUGAUCAUACUGUAUCUGCGCUCUUGGACCGUUCUAACCUGCAAUGUUCCACAUGAAGUCGUAUUCCGAGCUUCUCGAUCGAACAACUUCUACUUCGCACUGCUACUGACCAUGCUCUUCCUUUGUGUGCUUCCCGUAAGCUACGCCAUCGUAUUCCUUGAACCAUCAUGGCACUGUGGACCGUUCUCAAACUCGAACCGCAUAUAUCAUCUUCUCACGAACGCUACCGAGCAAAUCAUACCGGAGAUGAUCACCAAGUACAUCGUGUCACCGGCCGCCGUCAUUCCACUGCUCGUUCUGCUCAUCCUGAUUAUCUACUAUCUAAUCUCCCUCACCGGUUCGUUGCGUGAAGCGAACCAAGAUCUCAAGUUACAGUUGCGCAAAGAACGAACCGAAGAGCGAAGAAAAAUGUUUAAAAUUGCUUCAAGCACCCAGCAACAAACACCGGGUACUGGAAUGGCUGGUAUCAAUGGACUAUCCAGCUCCUGGCAUAAAGUGCUCGAUUCCACGCAACUCCGUCUUCAAUCGACGACGGAUAAUGCAACUGACUCGGAGAACUCCAGCUCUAAGCGUAAGGAACUGCUACAGCGCAUGAUGAAGAAGGCACUACAGAAGGAAAGCUCGCUCGGUACGGAAGGAGAGCCUGCUACUGCAGGACAGCAAAAUUUGACUGCCGAAUCGCCAUUACCGAUCUCACCGCCUGUCAUUGGAACGAUUAAUGAAAAGAAUCGGUCCUCUGGACAGGUUAAACCCAAGCCCAAGGACGCUAAGGAUGCUACCGACACGGAUGUGUUUCGUUUCGAUCGCCGUGCAGUAGAACAGAUGAAUCGUCAAGAUGGAGAGGCAGAACCGGGCCAAGGUGCUAAUGAUGGAGAAACUGGUAGAAAAAAGUUCGAAAAAACUCGCCCUUCAACGGCGGAACGGUUCCGAAUGGCGGCGCAGGCCGAACGACGGCGCACCCAAAGCAAACUGGCAGCAGGGAAGAUGGCGGACAAAACAGCCGAUUGGAUUGAAAAGAUUCCAGUCAUUACGAUCAGCAAAACAUCGAGCGAUGAGUGCAUCAUCGAUUCUGAUCUGGAGGAUCCAUACGAUCCUGCUAUUACGACGACAACGGAAUUGACUCUCGAAAGACGACCGGGCCGUUCGUCGUCAAACAAGAAACCGUCUACGGCAAGCUAA